AUGGCGGAGCCGCAGCAGGGUGUCCCAAGAACCUACAACGACCCAAAUAAGCCGCGUUACCGAAAUUACCGUCCCGGAGCGACGGCGAAUAGGAGGGAUCGUGCGAGCGUCCUAAUUUACCUACAAGAUAUUCCAGUUAACUCAAGCUUCCCACGUGCCGGAGUAUUAAGCUAUAUACCCGAACAACUUCGUCAAUACGUAAAUUACGAUCCAGUUGGAUUAGAAUAUCAUGACGGCGGUGUAACGACAAAUAUUUAUGGUAACAGCGCAGCUCUGGACUUGUUUGGUGAAUUCGACUCGGUCAUUGAAUUUGGGAAUAACAGUUCGCAAUGGAUCCACGAUACACUUACAGAGGCUUUCGGUCAUGAUGCCUUCCGUGGCUUGACCCUCCCGGAAAUGAUGUCUUUGGUUAUCGUGUGGUGUCGGGCAUGGUUUGGGGCCCGGAAUCGAUUUUUGGAAUUUGCAACGAAUCAUACCCCCAACGUUUGGCAACGUACUGCUGUAUAUCAAGACCAUCAGCGCAGAACAGCUGUCGCCAACGAAAAUCUUCACGCUCCCAAUAUAGAGAUUGACGCCGUGUGGGUGUGUGUCCCGCAUUUAUACACCGGUAAGGAAGGGGGCACUAACACUAGGGGCAUGACAAAUGCAUGUUUCCGAACCAUAUACCGUUUGAAUAGGAUUGAAGCUAUUGCAAUUUUGCGACUAGCAAAAGAAAAAAACCCCUAUGGCACGAGCACUAGACACGGUCUCCUCUUCAGGUGGAUUGUUUAUUUCAUCAAUCAAUAUGUGAGAUGGAGGGUCACGGUUUUUGAAGAAUACAGCAAGAUGCUCCCACGUGAUCACAGCUUCAUGAACCUUUAUAUGAGAAAGUAUCACCAAGCCGGUCUGUGGGAUGAUGAUGGUGGUAGGGAUAUUGAAGGUACGUAUAAACGUGUUAACUUCGAGACCUUGUUGUACUGGGUUCUCGAAAUGGUCCGAUAUAUCCAGGCUGGCCUGGAUAUACCAAGGGAGGUGAUGGGCGAAUUUAACCGAGUCAGACAAAACAUUUACGACUUGAUAGACGAUACGCGCUUACCUCCAGAUGGAUUUGGACCAAGUCACGGGCCAGCUGGUAGAAUGGAAGAUAGGGACUUCGUGGGCAACACUAUAAUGGAUAUGGACUCUCCGGACUUCACUUUCGAAGUCACCACGGUCUUACCGACCGUAAACCCUAUAGGUCGAAGGGGUACUUUGGCGGCGGACCGGACUUGGUGCGAAGAGACCAUGACACUUUUCCCGACUCCGAGGGUAUUACCGUUGCCGCCGGCUCCGGCGGCUUAUUUUAGCGAUGAUCCAGAUCCAUCCGAUGCCUACACUCCUGCAAUGAUGGCACAAGUAGUCGCAGAGUCGGACGACGAGAUAUCUGCCGAGGACUACAACGAGGAAGAGGAGCCUCCCUACACUAUCGAAAUCCAGGACGGAGUUGCGCGGAGGCGGAGCUUGACCGCGCCCAAGGGCCCGACCGCACGCUUGACUACCUCCGCCCUGCUGCGAGACGCGCUCUGGGGCGCGGGAUCUCUAAAGCGCCCGGCCAGGACGCCGCUGCGCUCGGUAUUUUCCGGCCGCGUGGCCAAGAGGCGGAAGACCAGCGAGGUCAUCGCGCCCGACGUCGAGGAAGAAUAG